AUGGCCGCCUACCCACCAUCCCUGAACACUGUCGAGCCUGCCGCAGUGUCUCCGGGCCCUUCUCCGUCGACCUCGAAGUCGCCAGCGUUCAAUGUCUUCCACCGAAUCGCAUCGUGGCGCAGCUCUCUUGGCCUUCCGAACCCGGGGACAGUUGAGAACCUUCAGAAGGAGGUCAAAAGUACGCUGCUGACGAACUUCUUUUUCGAUGGAGCGAGAGCGGAUUUGUCGAAGAGCUUGUCAGUCAGCCCCAUCUUCCAGGUGACGCAUUCAUUUGCGCUGGGAUCGCAGACCGCUGCUCCUUCAUAUAAUUUUGGUGCCGUGUUCGCAAACAACAAUGUCUUCCUGCAAGGCAGCGUUGAUCAUGAAGGCAACGUCAGCGGUCGACUAAACCAAGGAUGGUCGGCAAACAAUGUCACAAAAGCGCAAUGUCAGCUGUCGUCGCAAGUCGGGCACAGUAUGCUCCAAGCAGAGCAUGACUACCAGGGCCAAGACUACUCUGUCAAUGUGAAGGCCAUGAAUCCCUCCCCUGUGGAUGCGACUGGUAUCUACAUGGCCAGCUACCUGCAGUCUUUCACCAAAAAUGUGGCAGUUGGUGUCGAGAUGCUCCACCAACGGCCAGCGCCCGACAUGACAGAGACCGCUGCGUCGUACCUCGCCAAGUUCACCAGCACGGACAAGAACUGGAUCGCUACCGCCCAGCUCCAGCCCGCUGGCAUGCUGCAGGCGACGUACUGGCAAAAACUGAGCGAAAAGGUGGAAGUUGCUGCGGACCUGCAGGUCAUCGCCGCCCCGGCUCGGAGAGACGCGAUUGCGACCCUCGGCGCGAAGGCGCAGUUGGACUCUACUGGGAAAGUGUCCGCACUGCUUGAGCAGCGAUUCGCGCCUUCGUUCGCGUUCAUGGUGUCCGGGGAGAUCGAUCACUUCAAGAACGCAGCCAAAGUCGGCGUGGGUGUGAUGAUUGAGAGCCCGAGCAUGACCCCGGAGGAGAUGAACAUGAUGCAGAUGCUCCCACCCCGCCGUGAUAGUCCGUCCAUACACUACACUUAG